AUGGCGUUCGAAUGUGGCGAUGAGGACAUCCUUUCUCUGCGUGUACUCAGGGUCAAGCGGGACAUCGCAGACAUCGUGAACGACCCCCCACCAGGAAUCUACGUCGCGCCUGAGGAGAAAGACAUCACCCGCAUCUACGCCCUCGUAAUGGGGCCUUCCGACACGCCGUACGAGGGCGCCUUCUUGCUAUUUCACAUCGUGUGCCCGCACGAGUACCCUAUCGGGCCGCCCAGGGUUCGUUUCCUGACGACGGACGCCGGCCGGGUAACGCUGCAUCCGAACCUAUACCAGAACGGCGACGUGUCCCUCAGCAUUCUCGGAACUUACGUCGGACCGCAGUGGAGCCCAGCGCAAUCGCUAUGCAGCGUACUCAUCUCCAUCCAGUCGCUGCUCACUGACGACCCUUUCUACGACCACCUUAUCAACGGCAACCACUCCAAGGAAACGUACCGGGAAGCCGCGAACAACUACAAGGUCUACGUACGUCACGAGGUUGUGAGGGUAGCGGUGUGUGACGCGGUGCAAAGUUGCCUAGAGGACAGUUCUGCGUACCCGGCGGCGCUUCGGGAGACAGUGUUGAAGCUGUUCCUCGAUCUCUACGACAGGUACGAAGAAUCAGUCAAGAGUUGCCUGCAUCUGACUGGCACUCAAAUUCAACACCCUUUUAUCUCCGCUCUUGGCACUUAUCAGUACGAGGCUCUCCUCGCACGGCUCCAAGACCUCAAGGCUAAGGUCGAGAAACGAAGCGAGUCUGGUUCUAGAGGUCAACCAGUAGCGUCCGGCGAAGAGCUCGGCCACACCGUCGUGCGCACCAAGUGA